AUGAGUUUGGCGAUGUUACCCUCUUCCUCUUCGGAAGACACAUACGAAGUCCUGAGACUAUGUUAUCGAUACGACUUCAAGAAAGAAUACACCGAUAAAGUUCGACAGCGGAUCUCGGAAGCCGCAGAUGGGACCGAACAACUAUGGGAUGUCUUGGAAGUCGCAUCAAGCCUUGAUGAUCGCUCUUUAGGAAAGAUGGUGCUUUCUCAAUUCGGUCGAAUCAAUUUUAUGACAUCGUACAUUGACGGUAUAGUCAGAGUCAACAGUGCUUGGAAAGGAAAGAUUCUCGAAUCGUGUGUUUCGCCUCCUGAGGAACUCAAAAUCCAGGUUUACAACCUGAAUGGUUUGCCGUUCGGAAUACGAAAGUCAUGGGGCUGGUUACUCAAAACUGGGGAUUGGAAACGGCUUUUUGACGAUUUCGACACAGAUAAUUGGUGA